AUGUUCUUCACGGGAAGCCUGCAGGAGGGCAUAGCCUCGGCGCUGCAGCAGAGUAAAUGCGUCUUUUGCUUCGUGACGGACGAGCAGGAGGAGAGUCAGCGCUGGGAGACCGAGUACCUGACAGAAAGCUCCAUCGCAACGCUCCUCCAAGACGAAGCAGUCGCUUUGCGCCUGAAGCAGGGCUCGGAGGAAGCCGGCUUCUUGGCCGCCAUCUUCCCCCUGCCCAACACGCCCACCGUGGUCGUCAUCAAGAACGGCGAUUUGAAGGAGUACAUCGUCGCCGGCACCAUCAAGGACGAGUUCGUGAGGCGCAUAACGACUGCUUUCCGCGGGGCCCAGGGCGAACCUGCGCAGGCGGAACCUGCUGCUGCAGCUCCUUCUACUCCAGCUCAAACUCCGGCCUCGGUUCCUGCGCCUGUCCCGACUCCGGCAGCUCAACCUACAGAUGAUCUGUACGAUUUAUACGAUGAGACCCCAUCGUCGAUUCCUCCCCAGACGACCACCCCGCAGCCCCAGGUCAGGAACCAGGCCGCCGCCACCACAACUACCACCAGCUCCAGCUCCCGCAGCCCACCCACUCCAACUCAGGAGGACAACAGCUCCGCCUCCGUCCGCGCCGUUCUCGCCGAACGCGCCGCCCGUCUCGAAGCACAACGCGUCGAGAACGAGCGCAAGGCCAGGGAAGCCCGCGCCGCGCAGGCCGAGGCCGACAACUCCAAGCAGGCGGCCCAGACGCGGAGCCACAAGGAGGCGCUGAAGAAGGCCCGCCAGGAGGCCGCCGAGGAGAAGGCCCGGAUCCUGAAGAAGAUCGAGGACGACCGCGCCGAACGCCGCGCCAAGGCCGCCGAGCGCGCCGCCCUGAGGGAGUCGGAGUCCUCCGAGCCGAAGCUGGGCGACGUGGCCGCCGCGCUGACGAGGUCCGACUCGAGCUCCCUCGCCCCGGGCAGCUCCGGCUCGAGCGGGAUGACGGCGCUGCAGGUGCGUCUCCUCGACGGGUCCACGAUCCGCAGCCGGUUCCCCAGCGGCAAGAAGCUGGCGGACGUCAGGAGGUGGGUCGACGACGAGAGGACGGACGGGAGCAAGGAGCCCUACCACUUCAAGGUCGUGCUCGCGCCGCUGCCGAGCAGGCGCAUCGACGACACGGAGGAGGACAAGAGCCUGGCGGAGCUGGAGCUGUCGCCGUCGUCGACGCUGCUGCUGGCGCCCGUCGGGGCGCACGCGAGCGCGUACGAGGGGGAGGGCGUGGGCGGCGCGCUGCUGACGUUCCUGAUGAUGCCGCUGUCGCUGCUGCAGUGGCUUUGGGGGCUGAUCACGGGGGUGUUCUCGGGGCUCGGCAGGAGGGGCGAGGAGGACGCCGCGGAGCCGGUUACGGUGCGGGAGCAGCGGAAGGGGAGGUUCUCGCAGUUUGAGAACAAGGACGACCGGAGGAGGGACCAGCAGUUUUACAACGGCAAUUCGACCAACUUCGAGCCACGGCCGGACGAGAAGAAGGAUGAGUGA